AUGACAGGCCCUUCGCCGCUGCUUCGGACGGCGCGCGUCCUGCGCAGCCAGAGACCGGCGCAGUUUGUCUGCUGGCAGUGCCGCAGCAUCCAGAUCAGCGCAACGCCCAGCACGACGACCGGCGCGGCAGAUGCUUUUGGCGCAAUCGACAGCCUGAGGGACACGGCCGAUGCCCGAUUCGAAGUCAUUGGCUCGCCGUAUUCGCUACUCUCGGUCUCAUUAUCCGCAUCACAGCGGCUCUAUACACGGCGUGGGACGCUGGUUGCCGUGGCGGGGAACCCAGACAAUGCACAAUCGACCCUUUCACUACUAAACCCUCUCUCGCGGGCACCGUUUGGCGUGCCGUUCAUCUACCAGCGCAUCUCAGCCACCUCGCCGAUCACGGCGCUCAUCUCGACCAAGUCCCCCACCACGACGUUUACGAUCCUACACCUGGACGGCACGACGGACUGGAUGGUGACCCAGCGCAAUGCUCUGCUGGCUUGGACGGGCCACACGCUGUCUCUCUCGUCGCGGAUCCGGAGGAGGCUCUCGAUGGCGCAUUGGGGCAGCACAUUCGUCACUGGGCGUGGGCUGGUCGCUCUCUCAGCGCCUGGGCAGAUCUACCAACUGCAUCUCUCCGAGGGCGAAGAGUUUGUCGCCCAUCCCGGUAGCGUCGUCGCCUACUCUGUGACGAAACACCAGCCGUUGCCGUUCCGCUUCAAGAGCUCCAGCCUACGACUCCAGAUCCCGUCCCUCACGUCCUGGAUCCCCGAAACAGAGUUCAUGACAAAGGUCCGGGAGUCGCAAGUCUACAAAUACCUUGCUCGGACCCUCUACACCAUCCGGACAAUGACUCGCCGGACCAUCUGGGGUGACCGACUGUUUCUGCAUUUCAAGGGCCCGAGCACCAUCAUCAUGUCCAGCCGAGGCGUGCGCGUGGUCGACAGUCUCACCAACGAGCAGGUCAACGAGAUCGCCGACGCACAAGCCGGAACAUUGGCAUCUGCGCUGGAACUGGCCAACAAGCCCCAAGACGCACAGCCUGUGCCAGCUGAUGAGGUUGCUCCGGGUAUCGUCGUGGAACCAACAAGCAAGGAUGGAAAAGUAACAUUUGAAGAUAAGAAGAAGUUGAAAGAGUUUAUCCAAUGA